GUCUUCUUCUAGGAACCGUCGAGGGAUGCACUGAUUCCGCACUGCCAUGGCCUCAACAGGGGCCAAGAGACAGCCAGAAGCUCAGAAUGGGACGGCAGUAGGGUUAGCCCAGGUUGCAGAGAUCCCUGAGUGUUCAGGAACGGGAGAAAAGUGUCUGGUGCCAGCACAUGGGGCCAGCAGAACCCCAGGUGAAGACAAGUGUCCUGUAGGACACAGCUCAAUGCCAGAGCUCCAGGAGGAAGGAACAAACCUGGGAGAGGAAGGGCUCAGUCCAGGGGUGGAAGCAGGAGAGGACAGAGGACCCAAGCCUACAUCAUCCGUGGUCAUGAGGCCCAGUCAUGGGCCCAAGAGAAAGCCUGAAGCUGAACUGCCACCAGGGCUGCUGCCGCCGAAGGAGGAGCCAGAGGGCAGCCAUAGUGAGGCCUCACCGUGUGCUAAACAGCACAAAAAAUCCAAGAAACGCAAGAGUGUGGGGGGUCCUGUGCCUCCAGCUGUGGCCAGCACAUCUGCACCCACAGAGACCUUGGGGCUGGAGCCCUUUGCCUCCCUGCCUUGGGUUCUUGCAGGAAAAGCCCAGCGCCUGCGGCCACUGUACCAGUACAUCAAUUACUGCAACCCUGAGCUGAAUCAGGCAGGGGAUGGAGACCGGGAGCCCGAGGGAGAGCCUGAGUCUGAGUUAGCGCUGGUUCCUGAGGAGGCAGGCAUGGAACAGCUGCAGCUGCAGACCUUGCUGCCUGUGGCAGGUGAGCUGGGCUUAGGCCUUGCUUUGCCCUGCCCUAACACAUUAGUGCCACUCACUCAUACCCUUCCUUCUCUGGGAGAGGACAUUGGAGAGGAGCCUGGGGGUUUGUCUGGUCUAAGCGUGAGUGGCAGCCUCAAGGCUGAGGUGGAUAAGACAACCCAGGUGGAUAUUGACAAGAUGUUGAGUGUCUGUGCUGCUCCUCUUGUGCCCCCACUCUCUCCUCAGUACAAGUGACCAUCUUACCCUCCUCUAGGCCUGAACUAUGGCUGGAAGUCCACAGGUCUAGGCCAUCAGGUGGAGGGAGGGGUUUAGUCUUUGUUUUUGAGAACAUGUGCUCACUAAA